AUGGAUACAACUUUGGCUUUUUCAUUAUCAUGGUUUCAUCCAAAAGAAGGUGAAAUUCUUACUGAUGAUCAAUUGCAAAAUAUAUCGGAAAAAUUUGGGGUCGAAAAUUUAAAAGCUGAAUACAGGACCUGGCAAAAGUUUGGAAAAAUAGAAAAUUUGGAUAGAAUCCCAAUAGCAACGGGGGCUUGGUUGGCCAAUUUUUUGAGACGGUUUUUGAGUGUCGUUCCAGCAGUCACGCUGCGUCUCUGGCCAUUGAGGGGUGUUGUUCGUGGGAUGCCAUCAGUUUGCACUUUCUUAAGAGGUUUGUUGUUCCAAGCGGCAGGGCUCCCCUCGCCGCAGGGCGCCCACGGGCAGCCGCAGGCCGGCGUCCCGCAAAGCACUCCGAGUCCGAACCUGGGCUUCCCGAUAGGGGGCGCCGUCGGCGGCAUCAGACGCACUCUAAGCGGAUGGCGGGAAUGGCGCAGGGCCGAUCCGACCCUGAUAAACAGCCUGUGGCGCAGCAAAAUGGGCAACGGGAUCAGGAAACAAUUAGGCAAGUAA